GUUAAUUUCUGGCAGAGACGCCAUGAUAGACCUGAGCACAACAAUUGAACAUUUUUACUUUCGAUUUGGUUUGUUACGCACUUGUGCCUGUUUGUAGGCCAAUAGAACAAUUUUGUUUUUCCAGAAACAUUCUGAAGAACAAAACCAUGAAGGAACUCGUCUAUGUCGUGGCUCUGCUUUUCCUAACAGAGUUAAUAUCAGCAAAACUAGCUGAACCACAGGUCCAGGUGUACAGUCGUAACCCAGGACAGUAUGAUAAAUCAAACGUCCUCAUCUGCCACGUCAGCGGCUUCCACCCACCAGAGAUCCGCGUUGAUCUGCUAAAGAAUGGACAAGAAAUAACCGCAGCAAAGCAGACUGACCUGGCCUUUGAGGAGGACUGGCAUUAUCACAUGACCAAACACGUGCCUUUCACUCCGAGGACCGGAGAUAAGUUUGAAUGCAGAGUAUCUCACAUGGGGAAGACGAAGCAUUACUUUUGGGAACCAGAUAUGUAAAAACCUACAGUCACCUUUCUCGGGUCUGAUGACGAUUGGAAAUCAAGAAUCAGCGUAAAAGACUAAAUGCACUUAAGAGUUGGUGAGAUUGUUGAGUUGAACAGGCGGCAAUGUAAAUCCUAAACUGUUUGGCACUUAUAACCCAGCUCACUCGCUUUGUUUCCCACCAGUUUGCUUCUGAAACAUGUUUCUUAAUAAGAAAGUCUGCAUCCAAUAAUAAACAAAUGACCAACUUAACCUUUUACAAAAAUAUGGGUGGAUUGGACCAACAUGGUUUAAUUUAAAGUAAGAUUAGCACUCAUCAGAGAUCAGUAAAACUAGGUUUUAAAUUACUUAAACCAGGUUUAAAGUUAAGCAGAGCUGAAUUGCACCACUUGGCAGCAGCAGUAGCUCAACAGGUUGAGCGGGUUGUCCAGUAAUCGGAAGGUUGCAGGUUCGAUCCCGGCUCCGGACAGAGAAUUCUGCUGUUGUGUCCUUGGGCAAGACACUUAACCCACUUGCCUGCUGGUGGUGGUCGGAGGGUCCGGUGGCGCCUGUGCUCGGCAGCCUCGCCUCUCAUCUCCACCAGUGUAUGAAUGUGUGUGUGAAUGGAUGAAUGAUACACUGUAGUGUAAAGCGCUUUGGAGUCCUUACUCUGAGAGGCGCUAUACAAGUGCAGGUCAUUUAUUUAACGUUAAUCUCAGUUUAGUUAAACUCAGUAACUGAUUCAAGUCAAAAGACGUGGGCAUCAAAAUAAACAUACUAAUUAAAUAAGGCACGAUAUUAACUAUAAACACCGGAAGCGUGUCGUUAGACCCUGGGCUUUAACAAACAAUAAAAACCUCCUCUCUGCUCUUCUCACCCGCUGACUCGUUUUGGUGCAUUUAACAGCGUUUGUUUAUUUAACUUUCUCCGCUCCUCCUUUGUUUGUCUCCAUCUCAGAACAUCGAGCCAGCCCAGCUGUUGAGGCGCUGGUUUUAUGGGUCGGUCAGAGUGAUGUCUACAUUUAAACAAAUAAAUAUAAGGAAAAGUCUGGGUUCUGUCGACCUAUGAUCGAUGGUCAGUCCAGCGGAUGGUUUUAAUGGAUCGACGUGUGACUUAAAAAGAAAGACAUCGCUCAGCUUAAGACCUGCUGAAAAACACAACAGCUCUAAAAAACAUUAUUUGGUUAACCAGGCAUUAGCCAUGAAUUAAUCUUUGUCAUAAAAUUCAACUAAACUGCGCCUGUUUGUCAAUUUUCUGUAAAGAACUUAAUAGUUUUUUUUUCUCAAAAAUACAGCCAUGGCUAAAGUUAAACCUCCUCAUUAGAUGGUUUAAAAUAAAUCCCAGAUCAUAAUUUAAACUGGGGUUUAAAAGUCGGGUGUAACGGGCUUAAAAUUAAACUUUAUUUAGUGUAAAAGUUAAAUCCAGCCGGUAGAUUGCACCAACAAGGUCUAACUUUAAACUCAGAUAAAAUCAUAAUUUACAUUUAAAUUCCAUUGCACCAAACUUUAAACCUAGUUUAAAAUUAAGACGGAUUACAUUUAAACCCGUUUUAAACCCAGUUUAAUUUUUACACUAAACCAAGUUUAACUUUAAGCCAGUUGCACCAGAACAUUGAACCUCAAUUGAAACUAUGAUCUAGGUUUAAUUUUAAACCUGCUAAUGAGGAGGUUUAACUUUUGCCAUGGCUGUAUUUUUUAGGUAAAUCUAGAAAAAGGAUGAUGAUAUUCAAAGAAAAUUGAGAAACAGGCUCAGUCCAAUUGGAUUUUAUUAUAAAAAUUAACUUUUGGUAAUAUACUGGUUUACCAAAUAGUCUAUUUUAGAGCUGUUGUUUAUUUAUUUAUUUUUAAAUCAGGAAGCCCUGAGCGAUGUCUCUUCUCCUUUUAAGUAAAAAGUCUCUGAACCUCCAGUUUGUUCACAUGGACAUACGUAGGUCUGCAGAUACGAAGCUGGUCCAGUCAAAGCACAAUACACCUGCUCCCUUUCUAAAGCUGCACUGCUGUAUGGAGCUAACGUAGCUCUGCAGCUGAGCAAAUGUUAUGUACUAUCUGCUCUGGAGUGUGGAGCUAGCUUAGCUGUAGGCUUAGCUAACAUGAUUUAUUGGAUCUUCUGAGAGAAAACGCAAAGGAGGAACAGAGAAACCACAAGAAAUAUAAAAAAAACUUGCUCUUCAAACAAAAGCUGCUAUAUGCACCAAAGAUGAAAGGUUUUCAAUCCAGGUCCUAACAAGCUUCUGAAUGUUUAUAUAUUAAUUGCGUGGCCCGUUUAAUUAGUAUAUUUGAAUUUGACAUCCACUCCCCUUAAUUUAAAUCAGUUUAAGCACAGUUUAAAAACAUAAACUGAGUUUAACUAAACUGAGAUAAAGUUUAAGUGGUGCAAUGCAGCUCAGCUUAACUUUAUACCUGGUUUAAGUCAUUUUAAACCUAGUUUUACUUAACUCUGAUUAGUGCUAAUCUUAGUUAAAAUGAAACCUUGUUGGUGCAAUCCAUAAAUGUCGUCGAUUUAAAUCUUUGAAGUCUUCAAGAUUUUAUCCAACGAGACAGAAAUAUAAACAUCUUAAAGCUUGAUCUUAAAAUUAAAUGUUGUGCAAAUAAAAAGAUAAUCUUCUGGGAAAACGUUUUACAGUAGAAUCAAAAUCUUUCCAUUCACCUGGAGUGAGUGCUGCCCAUAUUUACUGCUAAGCAUAGCUUAAGUGUGUGAUUUUUUUUAGAGUGUAAAACAAACCCUUAAACUUCAGUUUCAGACUGUAUGUGUUGGAUUUUUUCAAUACAGAAAUAAAAAACAGUUGAAACAAUA